GAACUUAGCAGGAGAGAGAGAGGGAGGACGAGAAAAACAGACGGGGAGGCGUGGUGAGCGAGGAGCAGAGAGGAUCAGAAGAAAGACUGAAGAAGACGUAAGUGUGUCUUUUGCAUUUGUGUGUGUGUGUGUGUGUGUGUUUCUGUGGCAGGAGAUGAGGUGCUCCGUGCCAAACGGACAAAGUCAUGAAGGAGCUGCUUGUUAAUGUGCACGAAUGAAAUACGGGAAGAGGGGGAGUGUGUGGAGGAGGCUCGUGGUCAGCGUUGCUUUAAGUGAAUUUACAGUGAAUUGAACUCAAGCAACAGCCAUGCAGGCUGCAUUCAAUUGACUCCAGUCUACGCUUUAGUCUGGUGCACAAGAUCCGGUUGUCACGGAGACGACGAGCAGACAGGUAACAACAGAAAGGAAACACCUGUCGCUCUCGACCAUCUCCAUAUAACAGCCCCAUGAAGAGCACAACAGCGAAACAGCUUCUGACCAGAGUUCCAGUGAUCACACUAGUAUGACCAUUAGACUCCUGAGACGAGCUGCUUUUAUAAAACCCAAAGAUGAUGCCAACGAUGAGCUCAUGAAGCUAUAUAGAUGACUGGAUAUAGCUGAGCAGUCGGAGAACGCUUCAGACAGAUAAAGACAGCACUGGAACCAAAAGAAACAAAGAUGCCAGAGAGAGUAUGUCUGUUUCAGGGUCAGAACUACCAUAAGUUAAAGAGAGCAUGUUUGAGACGAGGGGCUCUGUUCCAGGACCCCUAUUUCCCUGCUUCUGCACAGUCACUGUUCUACAAGAGAGCUCCACCUCCCAGAGUGACGUGGAAGAGACCAAGGGAGCUCUGUAAGGACCCUCGACUCUUUGUGGAUGGAAUCAGUACAAGGGAUCUGCACCAGGGCAGUCUGGGUAACUGCUGGAUGGUGGCAGCCACUUCCUGCUUGGCCACAGAACCUUCACUUUGGAAAAAGGUCAUCCCUGAUCACAUGGAGCAGGAAUGGAACCCGAAGCGUCCAGACCUGUAUGCUGGAAUUUUCCAUUUCCGAUUCUGGCGGCUGGGUCAGUGGACAGACGUAGUGGUGGAUGACCGUUUACCGGUCAGUGAGGACGGAACUCUGCUCUUCUGUCGAUCAGCAACACCGCGGGAGUUCUGGAGUGCCCUGCUGGAGAAAGCUUAUGCCAAACUGAAUGGCUGCUAUGAGGCUUUGGAGGGGGGUAACACAGCUGAAGCUUUGGUAGACUUCACUGGGGGAGUGUCUGAACCACUGAAUCUGAACCUAGAAGCAUUGACCCAGAAUGCUGACCAGAGGAAGGUGCUGUUCCAGACGUUAGCCAGAGCACACAACCGCAAAGCUCUCAUCACAUGCUCCAUACGGCCAGCUGAUGGAGAACAUGUGGAGUCAGUGCUGGACUGUGGACUGGUGAAAGGUCAUGCAUAUGGUAUUACUGCAGUCAGGAAGGUUCGCCUGGGCGAGAGUCUGCUGGGCAUUUGCGGAAGUCCUCGGAUCUACAUGGUGCGCAUGAGGAACCCCUGGGGUACAGCAGACUGGACAGGAGCCUGGAGUCAGGGGUCACAGCAGUGGCAGCAGGUGGGCCGCAGUGAGAGAGAGAAGAUGGGUCUUGUUGUCAGAGAUGUAGGAGAGUUUUGGAUGGAGUUUGAAGACUUCUGCCGCUACUUCACAGAUUUGGUGGUGUGCAGGCUAGUGGAGCGCUCUUUGCUCUGGCCCUGGGGACACUGGAAAGAGGUGCGCUGCCCAGGGGAGUGGACAAAUGCCCCUGCAGACUUACCACCAACAGCCUCUGCUGCAUCUCAGCCCUCCAACACACGGAAGAAUUUCUCAGGUUCUCAGUGGUCCCAUCCGGCUCCUGUUCCUGCUCCAAGAGGGGACAGGAAAGAGGAGAGGCUGGGGGAAAGGCAGAUGGACAGGAGUAGGGUCCAUGGAGCCAAAGAGAAGAAGAAAGACAGGGGUGAAGAGAAAGCUCAGCCACCAAAAGCAGGAGAAAAGAUGCAGGAGUUUACGGUAAAGGAGGAAGAAGUGGUGGAAGAGGAAUGGGAAAGAGAGAUGGACAAGAGGAGUAGGUGUGGAGGAUGCAUUAACCACAGAGAGACGUUUCUUCUUAACCCUCAGUUCAUGUUUGAGGUGGGAGGGGAAGGAGAUGAGGUUCUCAUAUGCCUGCAGCAAGAGGACAGAAGAAUGAAAAGGAGGGAGGGAGGAGGUGAAAAUCUUCCAAUCGGCUUUGAGGUACUGAGGGUGGAGGUGAAUCGUGUGUGUAGAGUGCAGUGUUUUAGUGAGCAGGCAGCAAGCUCGGUCUAUAUGGACUCCCGCAGUGUUACUCUGCGUGUGACACUGAGUCCCGGCCGCUAUGUUCUCCUCCCCACCACCUUCCACCCUGGAUCCACUGGGCGAUUCCUCCUCCGCCUCUUCUCACACACGCACAUCAAGCUCAGGGAGCUGAAGGAGGAUUUGCCUCCUCCCUCUCUGUGGAAGUGUUGUGUGCCUCAGCCGUGUGCUGUAACUACAGUCCACCUGCGCAGAGCUUCCACACUCAGCCAGCCCAAACAGCCAGCUCCAGAUGUGUAUGCUGUCAUUAGGUGUGAGGAGGAGACUAUAAGGACUCGUGUCUUUAGAAAAGAUGUAAGUCCUGAAUUCAACAUUAAAGCGAUUUUCUACAGAAGGAGGCCUAGGACAAUAAUCUACAUAGAGUUGUGGAGAAGAGGUUUGGUAUUUGACUCCUUCCUGGGUGCAGCUCAUCUUCAAACAGGCAACAGCGAAAGAGGGCGGAGCAGAGUGAUUGAUCUACAAGGUGGAAAAUCUCGCGGCUGCAUCUAUGUAGAGACUUCUACCAGUCAAUGCCUGACGGACUUAUGAUUACAGUUGCACUGC